CCAGCGUUGGCGCAGUCGAUCGCAAUACAGACAAAAGAGGGCAUGACUGAUAAGAGAUAACCAGAAUUUCUCUUGGGGACCGGCAAAAUAUGAGUUCUCGAAACCCCCUGAAGCGAGUCUCGUGCAGUCGGUGUCAGACAAAGAAGAUUAAAUGCAACCGUGUCGCUCCGCGAUGCGACAAAUGUGAAGCGGCCGGCGCAGAGUGUCGAUAUCUGCCCCGGAAAACACGGCCCGUCAGACGAUUCGGCGCUGACGAUAAACAUGUCCUCACGAACAUCCUCAGGCGGCUGGACCGUUUAGAGGACCACUGCGCGCUGAAUCAGGAGGCCGCAGAGGAUUUGAUGUCGAUUUCAUCGCACUCAUCUGACAUUUUACUUCCGAACUCGACGAGCGUACUCCAGGAGCAUCUGAACGGGUUUCAAUCUCUCACAGCGCGAGAGAUGUGGGACUUGAUCAAGAACCCGGAAACUCGACCGCGCCAUCUGUCUGAUGCCUUCUCUCAUCUGAGAAAGCUUGAAACGUUGUUCUAUACAAACGAGCGCUGCAUCAACGCGAUAGAAUCAGUUAUUGACGAGAUAGAGAUACCAGACACUAGCCUGCCCCGCAUAAUCCCUACAAUCUCCAAGGAGAUGGCACGGGGUUGGGUACAGAGUACGUCGGCUACGCCCAUGCGCAUCAGUCAGGCUAACAGCGUACUAGAGUAUUUCGACCACUACCAGUUCCCCGGAUUUCGAGUACCUCUUGAAAAGAAAUUUCUAAUGUCCGUUCCGGACCUGCUAGAGAUACCACACGUCCAGCUAGAUUGCACCUCGCGAAUCAUUUACUACAACGUUCUUCUGCAUGGAAUUCUCCUGAGCGAGACCGGAUACGACGCGAAGAGUGAAAUCUCACAAUACCUCUGUCGUACGUCCAUGGCGCUCGCAGGGGACUGGGUUCGCGAGGUGAAAUAUACGGCGGCGGACUUGUCCGCAGCAUGUUUCCUGAUAGCCAUGGCACUCGAAGGCGGGGAUAUCGAACAAUCAUGGAAAAUGCUAGGCGAAGCGUGCAAGAUCGCCAGAGCCCUCGGCUACUUCCACGUUGACUCCACAUUACUCGAAGACGACCCCAGCGAGCCAGCGGAAGAGCGCAACCGGAAGCGCUUCGAAUUCUGGCAUCUCCUCCGCACAGACUGUCUUUUCAGGCUGUCGUUUGGUAAGCCGGCUCUAAUUCCCAGAGGCUCAUGGGAGGUCAAUUUUCCACAGCAUCCGAGUAUCACUGGGAUUGAAGAUGAGAAUUCUUCUACGCGGGUUAUCGAGAUACAUUUCCUGGCGACGAUGAGGCAGACGCUUGUUAUGUUGAAGUACCUCGAGUACAUGGAUACGGUAUUGAAUCCGGAUGAGGUUGAUGAGGCGUUCAUUAGUGGGCUUAUUGAGGAGGUCAAUUCGAUUCGAAGACUUUGGAAGCCGGAUGAGAUCCUUACCAUGACAACAAAUCACAUCGACUCAUGGUUCUCCGUCGACAUCCUGCUGGGCUGCUACAAGAUGUUCAUCAUCCUCGAUCAAGCACGCACCAAAGCAUACUGCCAGGCCAACUAUGGCGUCGGCCCGCUGUCGUCCGAGAUGGCCGUUCAGUCGCUCAAGACUGUACGGACAUUUAUGAGUUCGGCGUCCUAUGCACAUUGGGGCGUUAGUUUGGUUCUCCUCCAUCAAUUCGUUCCUCUUUUGACCGUGUGUACCGACGUGAUUAUGAAGGGAACCGAUCGCAUAUCUUUUGAUCCUGAGCUGCUGUCCUGGGUUAAGAAAUUUGUGGAGAGAACGGCGGAUGAGCGGGUUGAGCUGAGGCCAGUUAUGGCUAUGAUGAGAACAAUGAUACAAGCCUGUGAACGGUCACAGUGAAUUAAUCUAGUCCUACCUUCUACUCUAGGGCAAAUACCUUAUGCCUUUCUAGCGGCCGCUCCAGCUUUAUCCUCACCAGCCACGCCAACCAGAUUCCCAUACUUGAGCGUAUUCAUCGUAGCAGAAUACUGCGUUGCCUCGGAUGAUGCUGUCAGAAUCAUCGCCGUAUAGGAGUUUGUUGGACCACUUGGCUCAAAGUGACCUCGGAGAACCAUCGUCAGUGGAGAAGACCGGUAGGGAAUUCGCGGCUGCUUCAGCGCUCUCGCACGAAUCACUUCCUUUAGAGCAAGCAGGUCCGUAUUGAUUUGUCUCCCCUCUCGCUGUUCCUGUGGGGUUUGCUUGGCCCGUGGAGCCGAACCGGAGAUGGAUUUCUCGUGGUAGUACUCUGAGCCCGCGAGGUCGACAAAGACCAACUUCCCUCCCAGGCAAGGAUGCGAGGAUGAUUGCAUCAAUUCGUUGACAUGGGUCUCUGCAUCCUGCACAUACCCCUCAAGCUCAGCUUGCCUCGCCUCCGCCUCGUGGAUCCGCGCCUCAUCAAUAUGGUACGCUGGAUUCGGUACAUACUUCCCAUCCUCCGUCCGGACGAACGCCUUCAUAUUCUCCUCCAGAUAAACGUCUGUCGCACGCUUCGCAACAGGAACUAGUUCAGACUGUCUCUCAAUAACCGCAUCUCUCGCGUCGAGUAAAGCCCUCGUAACAAGUUCAAUCUCGAGCACAGCAUGUGUCCGAGAACUCUGGUCGUGGACCGUCGAGGUCCGCGUCGCUCGAAGCUCUCGUCCAGCCAGUAGCUCCCUCCGCACGUCAUCGAACGUCCAACAUGCCUUGGUUACAAUGGGUCGAACGCGCACGCGCCCGUCGGACAUGACCUCGGUCUCCCCGCGGAUGUGGGUCUGGCCAUCAUACCCCUCGCGGAUAUGGCACUUGCAGUGGCUAUUCAGGAGAUCGAAUGCGCUGUUUCCGCGGAGCUCGUACAUGCGUAGACCGAUGCCCAGCUCAUCCUCGCUUCCGUUCUCCACGGCCUCAUUGAGUCGCGCGGCCUCAGCGCUAAGAUCCCUCGCCGCCGCAAGGCAAAGCCCGAAUUCAUCCGCGGUUUCAAAGUCGUACCCGAUGAUCGUGUGCGAUUUUCCGCUGCCGGAGUGUCCGUAUGCGAGGAGGUUGCAUGUUUCUCCGUUCAAGACGCGGGGCAGGAUUGGUGAGACGACUUUGGCGAAGACGGUUUUGUUGGUAUCGUGGCCUUCGAAGACGUGCGUGAAGACGGGGUUGCUUUUCCAGGGGCGGCAAUGAGUGAUUUUUGUGAUAAGAGGCGGUGUUAAGGAUGUUGAUACGAGGGCGUUGGGGUAUCUUGUAUGGACUCGGUCGAUUUCUUGUGUUGGUGCCUGGGAUUCUGUGCUUGGGAGCGGGCGCCAUCUAGUGAAGACGUCAAAGGGGCGCAUUUUCAAUGAUGCGCGAGGCAAGAGAUUCCAAAUCGGAAGCUGGAGCAGGGUCGUAGUCUGGAAGAAAUGCAAAUGUCUAACCACCAGAAGAAGUGCUUUCAAUGGGUUUAUAACCCCUCGUCUGCAUAGCAAGAGUUUCUCUGCCGGACUUUCGGGGAUCGCAAAC